UUCUGCUUCUGCCACCUCUCUUCGGCCACUCUAAUUGGGCCACUGUCUUUCAACUACAUCAUCACAUUUCCCACGCCGUCCAUAUCCACCAGCGUCAAUAUGGCGCCCUUCAAGAGCAAGAACAGCCCUAGUCCAAACGACAACAUAAAUACGGAAGACCUUGGACCUAGCGAUUAUCGAAGCGACAGAGACCCCAGCAUAGUGAUGCAUACAGCCAGCCACAGAUACCCCCAUCUCCUAUUCCUUGGGUACGAACAGUCUAACCAGCGAAUCUACGUCAGGGUAGCGCCUGAGCAGGGGCGCCUUCGCAACUGGAUCUACGUCCGCAACGAUGACGUAUUCAACACCUUCAGGUUCGAAGACAUCAAGGUUUGGACACAGUGGCUGUCAGAGCAGACACUCAAGAGCACUAGCAAGAAGAACCGGGCGGAGGAACGCAAGCUCAAGAUCAGGCAGACGUUCUGUCAGAUGUUUCCCCAUGUUAUCGACAGGGCAUUACAUCCUACAGCAGCUCCCAUCGAGAGGCAGGAUAUGAAGAAGAGGAACGACAGGUCGGAUACUGCGGAACUGCCAGCGACGAAAAGGCAAAAGGCAAACCCAGUUGAGGAGGGAAUGUACGACGCCUCGACGGAGAUGACUGUGAGCCAAGCACUCGAAAUGUUGCUCGCACCAUCCAAGGCACCCUCUACUAGGGAAAUGAAGGCGAUUGAAUAUGCUAUCUUGGUUCGCCGUUUCAGAUGCUGGAAGCUACCACGCUCGACCGAGCUGCUAUACACUACACGGGAGUAUCUCACCGUCAUUGGGCGCCCAGUCAACGAUGUCGACGACCUACGAGAAUACGCUCGGUUCAAUCACUGGGUUACUACGUAUGGAGCAGCCUCAGACGACGUUGAAAUAGAAGGGCACAAACAAGAGCAAGAACAAGAUCAGGGUCAAGGUCAAGACGACGAGCAGAGUUCCGAUAGUUCAGUGAGUGAUUAUAAAGAUGGGAAACUGCCGGAGCCAUCGAAGCAUUUCAGGAAGCGUUUCUUGCAAGAGGUGCUACGACGUCGAAGCCCAUCACAGGACUAGAGCACCCGAACGUUUGAACGUUGGGCUAUGACUUGGAGCUUCAUACGUAACAUGACAUGCGGGAGGAACCUUGUGAUAAACUUAUAAUCG